UUGUUUGAAAAAGUACUGCAUUUAUUAUUAAUAAUGUAAUUUUAGCAGUUGAAGGUGCAAUUUUAGUUGUCGAUGAUGGAUUUCAGCAGGAGUUUGAGACCUCGCUGGUUGAGACGAUACUGGUAUAUCGUACUUAAAUUACAUUGUGAGGAAGACACAAACCAUGUAGUGUCAGGAACAUCAAUCUAUCAAGCAAUAAAAAGGAUCUAUCAUGAACUUUAUGGUGAUUUUGGUAUUGCACAUCUAGGGUCAUUUGGAGUUAAGUACUAUGACCAGAAGACAAAAAUGAUUUUUAUUCAAUGCAACAGAGAUCCACACAGGAACCUGAUGCAUGCAGCAACAUUAGUCAAAUCAAUAGAUUCAAGGCCAUUUAGUUUACAAACACUGUAUAUUGCAGGCACAAUGAAGUCAUGUCAAAAGUUUCUCCUGCAGUAUAGUAAGGAAGAACUUCUCAACAGAUUAGAACAAUGUAAGGAGAACUCUUCCAGUAAUUUUGUAAAUGAUAUUGAAGAACCAAUUUUUUAGCAGACUUAGAAUUGCCAUAUAAGAAAGCAUUUUUAUCUUAUCUUUAUAUUAAAGAUUUUUAUAGUCACUUUCUAUCCUCCUUACUCAUCCCAAUUUAUGUAAAUGCAAGUGAUGCAUCACAAUAAAACAUUUGGCAAACUUAACAAAAACUGUAGUUUGUUUUUCUUAAAUUUUAUAAAAUGUUUUAGCCCAAUGCUCAGCAUUAGCAUUACUGUUAAAGGCAAAAGGAAAGAUGAACACAAGAUAUUGAGAAGAAAUACAUAUUCAACUCAACUCAUUCCAACUCAACCAUUGGCAGAAAUUCAUUUUCCAGGUGGGAAGCAAUGCCCACAAAAACAAGCAAAUUUGCCAACAAAUAACAUUAUUUUUGUCAGAAAUGUGUCAAAACUUGGGGGCAUUCACCCCAAUACCCCUGCAAUUUCUGCCACUGAACGCAACUCAACUAUAUAGUUUCAACUCAACUUAAUUAGACUAAGUGACUAUAUUUGACACAGACUUGUUAAUGUAACAAAGUUGGGAAUUUGUUUUGAUAUGUUUACCUGCAAGGAAACUAAUAGAUAUUUUUUGACUUUAAUUUCAUCAAAUUCAGCAGUUGUUUUUAAUAAAGUGAGGGUAACAUUAUAAUAUAUCUAAUAAUGAAGUUUAAAUACACCCAAUGAGCCGGGUGGUUGGUUUCAAUUAAACCAAAUGAUUAAAUCUAGUUCUCAUUGGAUCGAAAUCAUUGAAAGGAGAUUUUCUUUUAAAUUACUCCUUCUUUAAGAAUAAGCUUUCGUUGACCAAAUUAUAAAUUCUGGAAAUUAAACUGAUAACGAUAACUAACAGCUGCUCGAACCCAAAUUUACUUCAGGUGCCUUAUCGCAGUUACAUAAUCCUACAAUUUAAACUAGCUCAGGUUAACUUGUUCCUUUGUAAGAUGCUGAACUUGAAAAACCAAUUUUUAGAUGUAAUUGAAAAUUCAACAGACUUUUGACGUGUACACCAUUGUGUUAUCUACAGACCUCAUUUAAAGGAAGUUCUAAAUUUCUAAUUGAAAAUUUUUUCAGACAAAUUAGAAGGUUAACAAUUUUAGAAGUUAAUGCCGUUGUGUAUAAAUUUUUCAAGCGAAUCUGCUUAGGAAAUUCCAUUGCAUAACGUGUUUGACGCAUCGAUAAAAACAUCGUCCUUAACAAUUAUAGCAUAUGAGCAUCAAUGAAUAUG